AGCAAAGCGCCACACCGUGUUGCGACGACCAUCACACCUACCGGCUCAGCUCCUGAGCAACUUCAGCUCAGCACCACAGCAGAUGUGAUCCACUCCAUACGAUGUUAUCAUGGCAUAUAUACAUGUAUACACACAUGGAUCGGUCUGCUAUAG